CUUCUCUCUCUCUCUCUCUCUCUCUCUCUCUCUCUGUGACAAAACAAACCAACAAACAGAACUUCUCUUGCAUUCCAGUCUGAGACGGCCUAGAACCUCCAUGAUCAUGGCGAGAGCAACCCCAAGCUCCGGUUCUACAUGGGCUAAACCUCAAAUUCCUCCUCAGUUGUCAUCGUCUUCUUCAUCACUUGUGGACUUGGGCUUUCCCAUCAAGUCCAUCUCCUUCAACAAGAAGCCCAUCAUUCCAAGAAGAGCAAAUGUUCAGUGCGCUUUAAACUCUCCUUCCAUAUAUCAUCCCUUCUCCAAUCAAACCUAUCCCCAACCAGUAAUCCCCAACGAUAAUAACCAUGCAGCUCCUGCUACUAAUCCCAAUACUGACCAAUUUCCUCCUUGGAAUCCCUUACAGAAAGCCGCAUCAAUGGCCUUCGACUUGGUCGAAAGCGCUUUACUCUCACGCGAGCUCCAAUACCCGCUCCCCAAAACUGCCGACCCACGCGUUCAGAUAUCGGGAAACUUCGCUCCCGUCCCGGAACAGCCAGUCCAACACUCCCUCCCCGUCGUCGGGGCCAUUCCUGAUUGCGUUGCUGGGGUCUAUCUCCGAAAUGGCGCCAACCCCUUGUUUGAACCCGUCGCGGGCCACCAUUUCUUCGACGGUGACGGCAUGGUUCACGCCGUUGCCAUCAAUGGCGGCGAAGCCAGUUACGCCUGCCGCUUCACCGAAACGGAGAGACUGGUUCAAGAACGCAAGCUCGGCCGUCCGAUGUUUCCUAAAGCCAUUGGCGAGCUCCACGGGCAUUCGGGUAUUGCUCGACUGCUUCUCUUCUACGCCAGAGGACUCUUCGGCCUCGUCGACCACCAUCACGGCACCGGAGUUGCCAACGCUGGCUUAGUAUACUUCAAUGGUCGCCUUCUUGCCAUGUCGGAAGAUGACCUCCCUUACCAAGUUCGAAUAACUCCCUCAGGUGACCUCCACACAGUUGGCCGUUACAGUUUCGACGACCAGCUCAAAUCCAACAUGAUUGCUCACCCCAAGGUCGACCCGGAAUCCGGCGAGCUCUUUGCUCUCAGCUACGACGUUAUUUCGAAGCCGUACCUCAGGUACUUCCGAUUCUCAGCAGACGGCCAGAAAUCACCGGACGUGGAAAUCCCCUUACCGGUCCCGACAAUGAUGCACGACUUCGCAAUCACGGAGAAUUUCGUGGUCAUACCGGACCAGCAAGUAGUCUUCAAGCUCCAAGAGAUGGUCACCGGCGGGUCCCCGGUAAUCUACGACAAGAAGAAGAAAUCGCGUUUUGGAAUUCUUGCGAAGAAUGCCCGGAACGCCUCCGACAUCACAUGGGUGGAGUCGCCCGACACUUUCUGUUUCCAUCUUUGGAAUGCCUGGGAGGAACCCGAAACGAACGAGAUCGUGGUUAUCGGGUCGUGCAUGACGCCACCGGACUCGAUUUUCAACGAAUGCGACCAGAAUUUGGAAAGCGUACUGUCGGAAAUCAGACUGAACUUGAGCACGGGUAAGUCCACGCGCCGCCCCAUAAUCUCGGAAUCAAUGAACUUGGAAGCGGGUAUGGUGAACCGGAACCGACUCGGGAGGAAAACCCGGUACGCAUAUCUCGCCAUUGCAGAGCCGUGGCCGAAGGUGUCGGGCUUUGCGAAGGUAGACCUGUCAACAGGGGAGGUGAAUAAGUACUACUACGGCGACAGAAGAUACGGCGGGGAGCCAUUUUUCUUGCCGAAAAGCAGAGACGGGGAGGAAGAUGAGGGGUACAUUAUGGCAUUCGUGCACGACGAGAGGACAUGGAAGUCGGAGCUCCAGAUUGUGAACGCCAAGGAUUUGAUGGCGGAGGCGACAGUGAAGUUGCCGUCACGGGUGCCUUAUGGUUUUCAUGGGACAUUUGUGGACGCCAAGGAUUUGGCAAGGCAGGCAUAAUUCUGGGGUCCCGACUGCAUUUGUCAAAAGUUAGUGGGUCCGUAAUUCUGUUUUCUAUAUAAUUUCAAGUUUGGAGUGGAAAAGGAGGAUUUUAUUUUUACCGGAGGGAUGAGCAGAGAGACAAGUCCCCGGAUUCUCCUGGAAUAGAAGAUAGACCCCAGAACUAAGAUUUUGUUUUUAUUUGGUUUUGUGCUUCUUCUUCUUUUUUCUUGGGAUAUGUAUGUUGGGAGCCAGUUUGUAGCUUUUCCUCUGUAGGUAAAUCUAGCUCAGCUGGUUUCUGCUUUCCUUGCUACCUUUGAUCCACUUGUAUCUACACGUCAUGAAUCCUAUGUUUUAAGUUCUGUUU